UUGAACAGCUUCGAGAGCAUAAUCAUCGUUAAGCGAUAUCUGAUCUGAUUAUAUGGCAACCCUCGCGAAGUGAAUGUGUGCCAAAAGAGAAUAAAACAGAGGCCGCCCUCCGCGAGGCCAAUCUAGCGCCAAUAAAAAAUUAAAAUAUAAACAAAUAAUAACGGGCCCGAAAAGUAAUUGUUUUUAAUGUGCGUAAUGUGCUGCUUGGUGCGCGGGUGAGCGUGAUAAACUGUUUGUUUACGCCUAAGCUACAGACAGACAGACAAGCAAAUAAGCAAAAUCCGAAGAAGUGGGCCCAAGAAUUAGCAAAGCAAGAAAAAGGCAGGCAAACCCUUCGGACUCGUGCGAGUGCGAUUUUUCGCCCACGAUUGCGAGAGCCGAAAAGGCCGCGCGAAAAGCGAGCGAGUCAUAAACAUUCGUGGGCUAAUCAGAUGGCCAGCGGAUCGAGCAGCUAAUUAGCCGCCGCACCGCGAAUGCUAUAGCUGUGAGCGGCCGAUCGGCGGAUCAGCAAAAGCUAAGCAAUAUGUUGGUCUGCAGUCAGAAGCAGUAAAGAGAGCUAAAAGCAAAAAAUAAAAAUUAAUUUCGGAGUAUUUUCGGAGUUGCAGCUUUAGCAACAUGUUGCCAAGCGCUAGCCUCAUGUUGGUGGCCCUGCUUGGGGCCAUAGCCGAGGCAAAGCCAGAGCACGAGUGCACCAGCAUUGACAUCCGCAACGAUUGCAAGAAUAUGCAUCAACUGGACAACUGCACAGUGGUCACGGGAUACCUUAUGAUCACGUUGAUCACCUCCGAUGUGCCAUGCAACUACUCGCAGUACACGUUUCCCCUGCUGACCGAGGUCACCGAGUUUGUUGUCUUUACGGGAGUGCGUGGCUUGACCAACAUUACGGAUAUGUUUCCGCAUCUCACCAUUAUCCGUGGCCGUCGGCUGUUUCUCAACUAUGCCCUGGGUGUGACUAGCAUGCCUGACCUGGAGCAGUUGGCCUUCCCGCAAUUGAUGGCUAUACAAAAUGGACAAGUGUUUAUUGGCAACUGUCCCAAGCUGUGCAAUACAGACCGGGUCAACUGGGAUCUGCUUACCCUGAGCACUGGCGACAACCAAAUUAUUGCCACGGGCAGCAACUGCAGUUCCCCGGUCUGCACCGGCUGUGCCUCCUCCCACUGCUGGUCGAACCUGUACUGCCAGCGAUCCCUAAACGAAAACAUUGCCAAUCCCAAGGCCAACAUAAACUCCUGUCAUGAGGAGUGUUUCGGGGGCUGUAGUAAUCACUCAACGUCCGCCGCCGAUUGUACUGUCUGUCGCGGACUAAGCGAUGCCGGAACUUGUGUUAAGAGCUGCCCCAAGGACAAGUACGUCCUGGAGCAUCACCAGCGUUGCUACUCCAAAAGAGACUGCACAUUAAAGCACAAAUACUACAUCUAUGGAUCGCAGUGCGUGGCCUUCUGUCCCAGCGGCUACAGGGCCAACAGCCAGUUUGAGUGCGUGGAGUGUGGCCCAGAGGAGGCUUGUAUUAGCUUUUGCACCCCGGAGUCUCCGGCGAAUGCGUUUACCAUAUACAACAUAGCCGACGCCGAGAAGGUGCGCGGCUGCCAGAUAUUUAACGCCAGCCUGAUCAUUACCAUACGCCAAAAGGUGAACGAAUCGCAGCUAAUCCAGAGCUUCACCAGCAUCCGGGAGAUACGUGGUUACCUUAAAGUUUAUCGCUCUUCUGAGCUGCGAAGCUUGAAGUUCCUCAGUAACCUGGUUCGCAUUUAUGGAGAUCCCAUGGAGAGUCACCGUUAUUCCAUUGUACUCUAUGACAACAGAAGAUUGUCCGAGCUGUGGGACCCGGCCCACAAGAUGGAGCUCGGGGAUGGCGGCAUGUUUAUUAAUCGCAACAAUAAACUAUGCAAUCGCCUGAUGCUUGGCUUCCAAAGGGCGGUGAGCCACGACAGGGCCUUGGACUCCCUCCAGACUAACGACCAGGAAGUACUGUGCAGUCCCUCAAAGCUGCAGUUAAAUGUGCAGAAACGCACCUAUCGAACUGUUAACCUGAGCUGGCUAAAGUCACAGACCAGCCAGAGACUAGAAAUCAUCCACCGGCCGCUGCCCCCAGGAAAACUUUAUCACGAGGAGAGCGAACUAGAGGCGCCCGUGUGCACGCGCAUCAAUUGGAAGCGUCGCUUGCUCUUCCCCGACGAGCUUCAAGAGAACGGCACCCACUACCUCUUCGAGUUGGACUCCCUGGAACCGGACACGCGGUACGCCUGUCUGCUGCGUACUUUCAGCGACGACAACUUGCACGAGGCGCGUAGUGAUUUGACCUACGUCCAGACGGAACGCGACAUUCCAAAGCCACCAGUGCUGCAGUUGCUCAAAAAGACGGACAAUUCGCUGAGUGUGCGGAUGGCUGGCCAGGACCAUGACAGCUUCCUUCUCACAGUGCUCGAACUGGCCGACGAUCAGGCGUACAUAGAGCAGCGAAAUUACUGCCACCAGCCUUCGUACGUUUGGCAGGACAUGGACAGUGCCCAGUGGCUGGCGUUCGAGGACUACGACGACUGCUGUGCCCACAAGGAGGAGCAAGCGGAGGACGCACGCUUCAUAGCGGACAUGCGGGAGCAAUAUCGCUGCACGCUGGACAAUCGCAAGCAGUGCCGCGAACUGGACUUGGCCGAGGCAACCUUACCGCAGUUUCGUCUGCCGGGCAACACCUCGGAGUAUGAUCUGCGCCAGCUGCAUCGCUAUCGGUUAUACGCCAUGCAGUUGCAGGCGUGCAACGAGCUAGGAUGCAGCUCCUAUACGGCGCUCCACGAGCGCACCAACUACACCAUGGGGGCGGAUCAGCUCACCCAUCUGCAGGCCUGCUACGUUCAGGAGACACAGAAGUACAUCAUACGCUUCCAGGAGCCCCUGCAGCCCAACGGUCUGGUGGUCAACUAUGUGAUCCACUAUCGGAACAACUUUACCCAGACGCACACUGGAUGCGUGACGAGGCAGGAGCACGCCAACGCCGGCUAUGUGUUCGCGGAACACUUGAACAUCACAUACACAGACUGUGCCGUUCGAGUUCACUCCCUGGCCGGGAAUGCAAUAACGCCCUACGUGCCCAUUACUCAGUGUACGGAUGAGGAGCAGCAGCUGGCCCACAGCCGGCCGGCCAAGGAACUGGUCACCGACAUCACCUAUGUGCCAGUGACGGCAGUGCAUGCCCGCGGCAUUAGUAUAUUCCUAAUUUGUUUCCUCUUCGGCUGCGGUGCAACUCUGGUCUGGGUCCUUUACAAGCGGCGUUGCUGGCAAAAGUGGCCGGGACUGCGGCGCUAUAUGCCCAUCCGGGAGCAGUGGCUGCGCGAGCGUCAGCAGCCUGAGGACCGAGAAAUUCUGGUCGAUGGCUUUGAAACGGUUCGUUUCCAGAACAACAACAUUAACGGCAAUGCUGACGAUUAUCCCAUGUAAACGAUAAUAAAUGUAACUUACCACAAA